AUGCAUGCUUUUUCUGGAAAUAAAUAUUUGGAGAAAGCUACCCUGAGAACCUGUGACUCUGGAGGCUCAGAGGUGCUUAGCUGUGGAGACAAAUGCCUGGGAGGGAGAAGUGCAGGAUGGGGUGAGGGCACUAAUGUAAAGAGCUGCCUAGCACUGUGCUGGAGACCCAAUGGCAUCCCAGGCAGAGAUGGGUGAGAUGGACCCAAUGGGGAGAAGGGAGAUCCAGCCACUGGGUCACUUUGUCAAGGGUUCAGAGGUUUGCAGGGCCUUCCUGGGAAGUUGGGACUCCCAGGAAACACAGGGGCUCCUGGAAUUCCAGGACCAAGGGGCCAAAAAGGAGAUCGUUGGGACAAUUCAGUUGCUGAGGCUAAGCUGGCCAACUUAGAGAGACAGCUACAGAGCCUGAGAGCAGAACUGGACCACAUGAAGAAGCGUGAGCUUUUUCCUUUCUGGAAAAUGUCUGGGAAAAAGCUCUUUGUGACCAAUGGUGAGGGGAUGCCUUUCUCCAAAGUGAAGAAUCUAUGUGCUGGGCUCCAGGCCACAGUGGCUGCCCACAAGAAUGCCGAGGAGAAUAAGGCCAUCCAGGAUGUGACCAAAGACAGUGCUUUCCUGGGCAUCACACUUGAGGCCACCAAAGGUCAGUUCAUGUACGUGAUGGGCAGGAGACUGACCUACAGCAACUGGAAGAAGGAUGAGUCACACGACCAUGGCUCAGGGGAGGACUGUGUGAUUCUCCUGAAGGACAGGCUCUGGAAUGACAUCUCAUGCACAUCCUGCUUCCUGGCUAUCUGUGAGUUUCCCACCUGA